ACAGAAAGUUACCAUUGUUGCAAUGACAAUUUACAAUGAUUCUACAGUAUUUAUGUUGAUUUAUGUUGGUUAAUUUUUUCCACUUCUUCUUCUAUUCUCUUUUGUUUUCAUGCGGCAAACAAUGUGGACAAAGAUAAUUUGAUUUAAAUUUAGAUAAGGUGAUAAGAAACAGUGGUACAUUUCUCUGAUUUCUCUUACAAUAACGUGUUAAUUCUUAGUUAAUAUUUAAAAUAUCGAGAAUAUCUUCAAUUAUCUGCUACAUUGUCACUGUGGUCGUACUUCAAAAAAGUAAUUUUAAAUAUGGUAAACAUUCCAUUGGUGGGAACGAUAAAAUUCUUUAUUAAUGAUGUUUUUAAAGAAAAAGAACCUUGGCAAAUUGUUACGAUAACUACAACCACGUUACUUACAAGUAUUUGGCUCUGGGACUUGAUUUUUCAAGAUGAAAGUCUCGUUGAACGGGCUAAGAAAAAGGGACUUAAAUUAGCUCGGUAUAUACCUUCAAUCAGGGAUAAAAUUGAUAAUGAAUUAAGCAAAGUUGUUACAGAUUUUAACAAAGAUGUUGCUAAUAGAGUGAAAGAUGUGCCAUAUAUUAUUCAUCUUCCAGCAAAAGGUUUGAGCUCCGAGGAAAUUUUGAAAUUAGUCGAUCAAUAUAUUAAAUUAGGUGAAUACGAUUGGCAAAGUGGCAAAGUAUCUGGAACAGUUUAUAAAAACGAUAAAAAUCUUAUUCAAUUAAUGGGCAGUAUUUAUCAAAUCGCUUCCUACACUAAUCCCCUUCAUCCUGAUGUUUUUCCCGGCGUUUGUAAAAUGGAAGCUGAAGUUGUGAGAAUUACUUGUAAUUUGUUUAAUGGAGACGAAGCCACCUGUGGAACGAUGACAACAGGUGGGACGGAAUCAAUUCUCCUAGCGUGCAAGGCUUACAGAGAUUAUGCGAAGGAGGUGAAGGGAAUCAAGAAGCCUGAAAUGGUUAUCCCCACAACUGCUCAUUCGGCAUUCGAUAAGGCUGCUCAAUUUUUAAAAAUAAAAUUACGCCUCGUACCGGUUGAUUCAAAAACUUACACUGUCAAUAUCGAAGCAAUGAAAAGAGCAAUCAGCAAAAAUACCAUUAUGCUCGUUGGAUCGACUCCGAAUUUCCCUUACGGAACAAUGGACAAUAUCGAAUUAAUUUCAAAUCUUGGAGUUCGUUAUGAUAUUCCAGUUCACGUUGACGCUUGCCUGGGUGGAUUUUUAAUUUGCUUUAUGGAGAAAGUCGGAUAUAAUUUGCCGCCAUUUGAUUUUAGACUUCCGGGAGUAACGAGUAUUUCUGCCGACACUCAUAAGUAUGGUUAUGCACCGAAGGGUUCAUCGAUAAUUCUUUAUCGUGAUAAAAAAUAUAGAAAUCAUCAAUACACAGUGUCAACGGAUUGGCCGGGGGGAAUUUAUGGAUCUCCAACUGUAAAUGGUUCCCGGGCCGGUGGCAUUAUUGCAUCCUGCUGGGCAUCCUUGAUGUAUUUUGGAAACACCGGUUACUUGGAGGCGACGAGAAAAAUUAUCGACACUUCCAAAUAUAUUGAAAGAGAGUUGAGAAAAAUGAAUGGUAUUUGCAUUCUUGGUACUCCGGCGACUUCUGUGGUGUCAAUUGGCUCCGAGGUCUUUCAUAUUUACCGACUUGGCGAAUCGCUUAGAGCUAAGGGUUGGAAUUUAAAUUCUCUUCAAUUUCCAAGCGCUAUUCAUUUAUGCGUUACGCACGUUCACACUGAGAAAGGUGUCGCUGAUCAAUUUUUGGACGAUGUACAGAACGCUCUCGACAUUAUAAUGAAGAAUCCGGAUGUUCCUGUGAAAGGCCAGUUCGCCUUGUACGGUAUGAGUCAAGAAAUUGCUGAUAGAAGUAUUGUCGGUGAUAUCACGAGGAAUUACCUCGAUUCAUUGUACUACACUCCAAACUUGAAAUGAAAAUUUAUCAAAAUUGCGAUUUUAAUAUCGUGUCUACCUUUGACGUUACCUACAAGAAAUUAUGCCGUCUUCCAAAUAAGAGAAAUAUUCGAGAUGAAUGUAUGUAUCAAGGUACGUGAAGUGAAUUUUUUUUUAUCUUAUUUUUACUUUUUCGUGAAAUUUUUUAUGAGGUGUGGAAAAUGGAAAAUGUGUCGGAAAAAAAAUAUUUUUUAACAUAAAAAUUUAAACGGUUCUUUGUGCUUAAAACUGAAAGGAAUAAACAAUUGAAACGUUCGAUGAAAUAUGGAAAUUUGUAUUUUUCCAAUACAAAUAAAGACUGUUUUUUAUAGGAAUGUUAAAAAAAAAGACAGAGAUUUAUUCACUUGUUAAGUAAAAGAAAAAGAAACCAGCUCAAAUUCAGAAUUUUAUUAAGAAUGUUAAUAUCGCUUUUGCUAUGAGAUAUUUUAUUGAUUAAAUAUCAGAUAUGAGGACAAAUAUUUGAAUAAGUCAUUUCAUUCUAAUGGAAAUAAUUUCUCCAUUCCUUCGUAGAACUGUAAAAAGAGUGUUAAAUUCUUCGACUUAGUUCUUUUUUUAUAAAGUUUUCUCAUUUGUCAAGAAAAUUCAGAAACAUAAUUUCUCUAAAAGAAAAAAAAAGUGAACAGAAAAAAUUCUGAAUUGUAUUAAAAAAAAAAAUUGAAAAUUCAACAUUAUCGAAAGAGCACAACAACUAUUUGGCAUACUUUAUCGAUCUGUGAACUGAUGCCGGAAAUACCAGCACGUACCUUUAAGGAAGUAUUUAUAAUUUAUAAUUAUUUUAAUUCUUUGGAACAAUUUCUUUUAAUGAAAAAAAAUAAAUAUAUUCGUGCAUUUAAGUACCACCUAAAAUUGCAGAAAUUAUAAUUUACAAAUUAGACGA